AUGUCUCAGCCAGCGGCCAAGGCCUCGGCAACAGCUGCGGUGAACCCAGGGACUGAUGGGAAGGGCUCAGCCCCGGGCUCCGGCCCCGCCCAGGCCCCAGCCCAGCGGGUGCCCGCUGCCAAAGGGGACCUGCCUCCCGGGAGCUACAAGCUGGUGGUCUUUGAGCAGGAGAACUUCCAGGGCCGGCGGGUGGAAUUCUCCGGGGAGUGCUUGAACCUGGGAGACCGCGGCUUCGACCGAGUGCGCAGCCUCAUUGUCGUCUCAGGACCCUGGGUUGCCUUUGAGCAGUCCAACUUCCGGGGGGAGAUGUUCAUCCUGGAGAAGGGCGAGUACCCGCGAUGGGACACGUGGUCCAGCAGCUACCGCAGCGACCGGCUCAUGUCCUUCCGGCCCAUCAGGAUGGACGCCCAGGCGCACAAGCUCUGCCUGUUUGAAGGUGCCAACUUCAAGGGCAACACCAUGGAGAUUCAGGAGGACGAUGUGCCCAGUCUCUGGGUCUACGGCUUCUGUGACCGCGUGGGCAGCGUGAAGGUCACCAGCGGAACCUGGGUCGGCUAUCAGUAUCCUGGCUACCGCGGGUACCAGUACCUCCUGGAGCCUGGUGACUUCCGGCACUGGAAUGAGUGGGGAGCCUUCCAGCCACAGAUGCAGGCUGUGCGCCGCCUGCGUGACAGACAGUGGCACCGUGAAGGCUGCUUCCCCGUGCUGGCCGCUGAGCCCCCCAAGUGAGUCUACACACCAUUCUUCUCUCGUGACCCACCCUUCCGGAGGCUCAUCUUCCCCAUGCAAAUAAAAGUUCCUGAAGCCAAAA